CGUUGCUCAAUAGCAGUUCCAAACUUGCCUGGAUAACAUAAUGUUACUGACGUUGUCAGUUGUCAUAAUUAUUGGCACCGGCUGCAUCUCGGUUUGCCGCACAACCAACGUCACGUCGAAGCUAAUUACUGAGAUUAUCGAUGAGUACUUCGUCUUUCGCCAGGUACCCCUUCUUGUCGUGAGUGGUGAGGAUACAAUGCACUUGGACCUGGUUGAUCAGAUCAUCGGUAAUCUGCACAAGCCCAGAGUAAUCCAGCUUGGUCCAACGAGCAAGAACUACGCCUCUUGGUUCUACUGCAUGUUCUUCUUCACCACUUACGAAGGCUUUGUCGCGCAUAUUAACGUGCUGAGCUCUGAACAGUACGACCUCUACGGAUUCUACACGUUCUUUUUCAACGAAGUUACUGAAAUUCAAAUCCACAAAGCUUUCGAUGCUAUUUGGAAAGUCAAAAUUCUUCGCGCCCUGAUCAUCGUCUUCAACGAUGACCGUCCACAACUCUACAACUACUUCCCGUACAACAUUCAGUCUUGUGGAAAGCCCAAGGUUCACUACAUCACAAAUCACCAGUCAUCGCAAUUGUACCUCCAAAAGUUGAACAAUUUCUACGGAUGUCCAAUAACGCUGGGAACUUUCGAAACGCCGCCGUUUGUCCAUUUCCAAGGCGAUACCGUAUAUGGCUUCGAAGGAGACCUUGCCUCGACGUUAGCUCGGCAGUUGAACUUCCAGUUGCUCGUUGUGACCCCUCCAGACAACGCCCAAUGGGGAGACCCACACCCAAACGGUAGCACCGGGUUGAUGAAGCUCCUCCAAGAGGAAACCGCACACUUUGGAGUUGGCUGUCUAGGCAUCAUGCCCCAAAGGAACGAAAUUCUACAGCCCGGUAGACCCCACUACAACUCACGGGUGCUGUUCGCCGUACCCGAAGGGCAACCGCUGAACUCGUUCGAAAAGCUGUUCCAACCAUUCGACCGAACCGUUUGGGCUGCUCAAGGAUUACUCAUCUGCCUUGCGAUCACCGUCGUCCUAACGCUGAAGUUCGCCCCGAACUCCGUACGAGACUUCAUCUAUGGCGCAAACAAUCAUACUCCGCUUCUGAACACGAUCAACGUCUUCUACACCGGAGCUCUUCACCGCGUCCCUAGGCGUAACUUUGCCCGAACCCUUCUGCUCCUCUGGAUCCUCCACUGCUUCGUCAUGCGAACUGUCUACCAAGGUCUGCUCUUCAAAUAUCUUCAACAGGAAUCCAACCACAAACCGAUCGAUAUCAUAGACGACAUCGAGCAGUCCAAGCUGCACUACCACAUGAACAAGAAUGCAGAACGCUUCUUCGCCCACAAGCCAGGACUGUCGAGUCGCAUUCGCCUAAUUCCACCGGGAAACGACAGCGUAAGUCUAGCCCUGGACGCAGUAUCCAGUCGCAGAGUUCGUGACGCGGUGGUCGUUUGUACCCUGGAGCAUAUUGCGUACCACAACAAGCACCGGCUGAAGCAGGGGUUCCUUCGAAGCUCUCGAGACAGCCUCAGCUCGUACCCGAUGGUUAUCUACUACCCGAAGCGCACGUUCCUGGUGCGAGUUUUGGAUAGGCUUAUCGGACAGAUUGAAACCGCUGGAUUGAUGAACUUUUGGGUCCAAAGGUAUGGAAACUACCAUUUCUUCCCGAAGCGGGUCGAACGCUCGCAACCGUCGGCCCUCAACGUCGAACAGCUGAUGGGAUGCUUCGAGUGUAUCUGCGUUCAGUGGAUGGUAAGCUGUGGGAUUUUCGUCCUUGAAUUGCUUUCCUACAAAAUAACAUUUCUUAGAAGAUUUCUAGCGUUCCUCACACAUAACUAGAUCGU